AUGUAUAGUGAUAGUGAAUGUACACAUAAUUCUCGUUCAAUGUAUUCUCAUCGUACUCAAUCUACUAAACCAUCUACUCCUCACACAAUUCAAGAUAUUUUAAAUAAUCCUGACACAUUAACAUUAUUAAUUAAAUAUUUAACAGCCUAUGGUAAACGUUCAUUAGGUGAAUUUUGUGCUGUUGUUAUUGGUCUCAGAGAACAACAACAAGAACAACAACCGAUAAUUCGUGAUAUUGUACGAGCUGCUUAUAAACAAUAUAUUGAAAAUCUUGAACAAUCAUCAUAUUGGUUAUUAGAUUCUACACGUGAACAACUUUAUCGUGAAUAUAAACGUGGUAAUUAUACUCAAUAUAUAUUCGAUCAAGCCUUCCUCGAUGCUAUUUCAUAUAUUCAACAAAAUUUUUAUUCAAAUUUUUUAUCAUCAAAUUUAUGGACACAAUAUUUGAAACAACAACAACAACUUCAAAAAUCAUCAUCGAUAACAACAUUAGCGUGUGUCGAUGAUUUAAAAAAUAUCAAUAGUCGCUAUUAUAAAAAUAUUAAAUUGGAAAAAUCUUCAAUAUCAACAAAAUCCACGAAUAAUUACAGUAUUGAUGGAACAACAACAAGAAAAACACCAAAAAAAUUAAAUUUAUCGUUAUCAGCAGUGAAUACCAGAUUACAGCAACAACAUACGAAUAAUAGUAACAGCAACAACAAACAUCGAGAAUUAUCAUUUGAUACAAGUAAAACGAUUCAUAUGAAUUCAUCAUCGUCAUAUGAUGUCAAUGAUGAUUUGAAAACUGUUGUUUCUCACGUAAAAACUCCAUUGGCAUGUUUUAUUCCUGGUUCAGAUGUUCCAUUUAUGGUUUAUUUACCGAUUCCGGUCACUCAGGUGACUCUGAAAGAUGUUAAACCUCGAAUAAAUCAGUUAGCAAGUACAAAAUUACCUCCAUCACAUUCCAAAGUGCAAUGUCAUUAUUAUUUUAAACGUCGUGUUCAGGACAAUGAAUUGUGGUUAGAUGAUAAUAAAACACAAUUUAUUUAUGAAGAAAUUGAACAGGAUCUAAUGAUUGUACCAAAUUUAGGUGGUACAAUAGUGGCAAAAUUAGAUUAUUAA